GUUUGCUGGGCUCUAUGUAUUCUCUACUCAUUUUCUCCCAGGCUUCGGUUUCAUGUCAGCAAUCCCUUUCUGCCUUCCAAAAAUAAGCUCCCACCGCCAUGCUGAAGAGAGAAAAACAAGGAGGGCGGUAUUUUUAGGGCCAUUAAUUCUGACCACGUGUCCAGAAGGUGAACCGGAUGGCCAUUGCACAAAGACUACUCAUCACUAUGUCCUACGGAGCUAGAAUUCACUGGACGUUGCCUGUUUUUCUUCUGUUGAGUUUUGUUGGGGACAUUGUUUUGUCAUACCCUAUACCCUACAGGGCUAAUGGAACAUUACUGGAAAGGACAUUGGAGUCUUUUUUCUCCAGGUCGAUUGGAAUGUCUUCAAACAAAUUGGAUGCAAAAUGGAAGAGUGAUUACUUGCAGGGAAUUAAGAGACAACGGAGGCUUUACUGCAAUGUCGGAAUUGGGUUUCACCUGCAGGUCCACAAAGAUGGAAGGAUAGAUGGUGUGCAUAAUGAAAGUCCAUAUAGUGAGUUACAUCCUGAAAUUCAAUGCGAAAAUGAUGCCAUACAUGUAAAACGGAGCUUGUUAGUGGGUCUCAAUACCGGGAAAAAAAACGCUUCCCCAACCUUUCAGGAUGAAUGCAAGUUUAAGGAAAUUCUGCUAUCCAAUAACUAUAAUGCCUAUGAGUCCAAAAUGUAUCAAGGUGCCUAUCUCGGAAUAAGCAAACACGGAAAGAUUAAAAGAGGAACCAAAAUUUCUCCAGCCAUGACAGUCACACAUUUUCUUCCACGAAUGUGACAUGAAUUCAGUCAAAUGUGUCUUGUAAUUUUGCACAUGUGAAUAAUCUCCCAGGUAAAAUAUUUAUACAGUAGCAGAAUAUAUGUAUAUUUGGAUGGAGAUAUUUCUACCGGAUUACUGUGCCCUGUACCAAUCUGCUUAUCAGGCAAGUCAAAACACAAAAAAUGUGCUAUAUUUAGUACAGUAACUUAAUUUAUCCCUGAUGGAUAGAGGACACAUAUGGAGAACUUUGUUUUCCAAAGGACUUUUUACCAUUUUAUUUUCCGGUAGGAAAAAAAACGUACAGUCCGUCAGCCUUUAUUAUAAGUAUACGAAAUACUUCCCAUACCUCGAGCCUCAGCUUUAGUAGUUUGUGCAUGUGUAUUAUUAUUAUUGUUAUUAUUAGUAAACCUUUUUUAGUUUUUUAAAGGAUGAAAAUAUCAGGCUAAAUUUUUAUCUUUGUAAAAAUGAUGUUUGAAGAGAUUACUAAGUAAGAGAUAUGGUGGUAAUGAUGCUUUAUUUUUUGCUAAACAGUAAAAUAAGGGUGAAAGACGUCUUUGAAAAUGUCGUUUCAAUUGAAACAUAAGAGUUACUGAAGAAAAUGAAAAUGUAUUACAUAGAAGAAAUAUAAAAUGUAGAAACAAUGUGUGUAUCUAUCUAUCUAUAUAUAUAUAUAUACAUAUAUAUAUAUAUAUAUAUAUAUACACACACACCGUAUGUAUAUAUAUAUAUAUAAAUAUAUAUAUAUAUAUACUGUAUAUUCAGAACCUAAAGUGGCAAUGGAUGACUUGCGUAUUCAAUCAGAGAAUCCCUGGGUCAUGCAUUGCCCUCGCAGGCCCUGUACAAAGUACAACAUAGUGUGCCAGCUUUCCGUCGUUAUUAUAAAUGGACUCAUUUUAUACUUUAUUGCUUUUUAUAGCUGUGAUUUUAUGCCUGAGUUGUAUACUACCGUUCAUACAUUAGAUAUUUUGCAGCAAUACCCUCAACAUGAGCAUAUGGGCUUUCAAAACCUUUACCCUGGGUUCACACCUGAG